AUGGCAGCUGCUCCUGGCACAGGCCUUGCGCCCGGUAUGCAAUCUGCUGAACAGCAAGCCCAGCGACCAGGCGGCUUCCCUUCAAAUUUCCAGCCUCCUCCUAAUAUGCCCAACAUAAACUUCAAUGCGCCCGUCAUCCGGUUGGGCACAACAGGUCCCUCAAAACAACCACCGCUAGGGUCAGAAGGACGAAGAGAGUCGGAGCAGAGACCUGUGCGCGCCGGUCUCGGUAUGGAUAUGAACGCCCAACGACAGCAAUUGCGAGAGAAUAUGAUGCAGCUUAUACCGCCUACAAAAGAGGAGGUUGUCCGAACAAUUUUCGUGGGAAGCAUCACAGAAGGAGCAGGAGGAGAUGAGGGUAUUGAGCGGAUUCUACAAUGCGCGGGAAAUCUUAAGCGUUGGAUUCGGGCAAUAGAUGCGGAAAAUAAGGCUUGCAGAUUUGGCUUUGCAGAGUACGAAGAUCCCGAAAGUCUUGCUACCGCCGUUGAGGUACUGAGAAAUGUCGAAGUGCCUAUCAAAGCGCAGGCCUCCACUCUUGUGAAGCAAGAGGGCGAUGAGGACGAGAAAGUGGACAAGAGCAAGCUCUCGGUCAUGAUUGACGACUCUACGUAUAAGUAUCUGGAAAAAUGGGAGGAUUCGAAAGGUGACACGGAUCCCAUACAAGCUCAGCUACGGCUUGAUGCUGCAAGAAGUGCUCUGGCUAGAGUCCUAGCAGAUCUUGAACAUCCAUCUGAAGUACAACAGUCUGGUGAGCAACUUUCGAAGCUAGAUCAGGACGGUGAUCUGUCGAUGCUUAACGGAGACAACAAGGACAGCGCCGAGGUUGUUACUAUACCCCUCUCAGCAGAUGACGAGCUGUCAGAUAUCCCGGCGGAGAUGCGUGAGACCGUGGCUAGAGAAAUUCAGGCCUUUCGAGAUCGAAGCACACGUCGUGAUAUGGAACGUCUACGAAGAGAAGAAGAGCUUGAGGCUAUGGAGCGGCGAAGAAAUAUGGGUGGACCAAGGGUCAGUAGACUCGCUUCACCACCCGCUGGUCCAGCUGGGGGCGCUAAUGGCAUUCCAUUGGGACCGAGAGACCGCGGUGUACCGAAUGCCCCAGUCGGACCGAAAGGCUACACCGACUCACAGAUACCUAAAGAUUAUCAAAAAGGUGUGACCUUUGUCAAUGGUACGGGUAUCAAUGGAGCUUCCGGUUCAGGUCUAAUAGACAGGGAGGAUGAAGAUAGCGAUGCCAGCGACGGAGAAAUUGAGCGAAGGAAAAAGGAGAAAAAAGAAGCUGAACAAGAAAAGCAGUAUCAAGAUCAGAAAAGAAGAUGGCUCAACCGAGAGCGCAGUCGGACAGCAGCUGUCGAUCGAGAAAAGGGCAGGGAGAAAGAGGACCAAGGCCGAAAGGAUGGAGAAAAGGAUGCCGUCGCUCGUCGUCUUAGUGAAUGGAAUGAUGAUGUUGAAGCGAGCCGAAAAACCGAGGAAUAUUACAUGGAUCAAAGUCUUUGGAUACGUAACAGAGCAGUUUUCCGGCAAAGAGAGGCAGCCACGGACGAGUUAGAUCGAGCAGCUGAGGCGAGGGAGAAGGCAAAAGAAGAGCAACAGAAAGAACAAGCGAAAGGGAUGGCCGACGACUUCCUCAAUCGCCAGGCUAUGGAAAUGGCUCCACGUGAGCCCCAACGCUUCAAAUUGUCUCUUGGCGCAGCAGCACAGAAGGCUCAGCAACAACAAAACACUGGCAAACGAACCGUGGCUGAAGUUGAAGGCCUGCUUGAGGAUGAAGAAGAAGCAGAUAGCACACAGAAGAGAACACUUGUUCCUAUCAAAUUCGAUAGUGCGGCAGAUGCUCAAGGCCUUACGGAAGAGGAACGCGCGCAGGCUGUCAGACAGCUGGCAGCAGAUAUCCCCUCAGAUAAGGAUGGCCUGUGGAAGUGGCCCGUUAAAUGGGAAUUCGUGGACCAGACAGUCCUUAGCGAACAGCUGAAACCAUUUGUGGAGAAAAAGAUCGUGGAGUAUCUAGGAGUGCAAGAACAGAUGCUUGUUGAGGUUGUGGAGGAUCACAUAAGUAAGAGAGGUACUCCUCAGACUUUGGUUGAAGAGCUUGAAGGGGCUUUGGAGGAUGAAGCUGAAGCCUUGGUAAAGAAGCUUUGGCGUAUGAUCAUCUUCUUUAGCGAAUCGGAGAAGCGUGGCCUCUCGGCAUAA